AUGGUUUAGAAAAAUUAAUAAAAAUAGAGUCGGUCCAACCAACUAUAACAACUUCAUCAUCAAUUUCUACAAAUUUAAAUAGUAUAGCAACAACAUCGACCGAUUUAGAGGCAUCCAUUAAACCUCUUGCUAUCGAAAAAAGUAGCAGCAUCAUAAUGAAUGUGGAUGAUUCGGUCACAACGUCGCAACCAAAAACCACCCUAAGCACCACGCUCACGAAUGUGCAACUUCAAAAUAGCCCAAGGCUGGCUCCAUCUAAAAAACUUUUAAGUACUCCGACUUUGGUACGCCAAAAAGUAUCGACAUUCCAGCAACGCCAAACUAUCCAACGACCUGCCUUGGCGAAACCAGUUCCGACAGCUAUCAUACAUAAAGUCUCAUCGAAUCGAAACAAAUCGGCAAUUUCACGAAGUUUUCACGAACCUGGUUUAACUACUGUGAAAAGAAGUGCGCCGAUAUCCACUUACAGACCAGCGAAUGUUGCAAGGCGAAUAGGCAAUACGACUAUUUACAAAACGGAAAAGUCGCCACCAGUUCCAACUGUGAAAAGGCUACCUCCUACACCAUUUAAAUCUCCUAUCCAGCGCACUAUGAAACCAACUACAGUAUCUUCGAUUCAAACACAGCCCACUUCCAAGGCGGUAGCGGCGAGCGUCUCGCCCACUGUAAUCAAUAUGCCGCUACUAACACCCGACGACGAAACGUCUGCAAUUGCAGGACGCAGCACCGACACCACGAUAACGGAAGUUCCCACAUUGACCUCUCUAGCAACCGAUACCGAAGUGUCCGAGCUAUCCACAUUAAAUUUGUCAGAUUCGGAAACGCCCUUAUUAAUCACCGGCGACGACGGUACGAUUUAUCAGGUCGCCGGUCAGAACGAGGAGGGACAAACGAUUUUAAUCAGCGAGGGUCCGGACGGCCAACAGCAAUGCGUUAUCGUCUCCUCGGAGGUCUCGAGUGACGAGAUUCCCGCCGUCAUGCAAGACACGGCGCCCGAACCGGAACAGAUGGAGGUGGAUCAACCUCUCUCGAUUAAUACCCAGUCCGAAGUUGAAGACGAAAGUGGAGAGUCGGAGGAGUCGCACGUUGUCGCUCAGAUUAUCAAAGCCGAUCCACCUAGCCCUGGUAUGUACUUUUCAUUUACAUUUACUGCAGUUUUGUUACUUGGGUGGCUCAACGAUUCAAGGGGGAUAAGAUAAUUUGAAUUGCCAAUUUAGACAAAAAUUAAAGUGAACGUAACAGGCUCACUGAGAACUCAGGGACGUGGAAUAUCGGAAAUAUCAAACUAUGGCGCCAUUUAGAGGUAAGAUCAUUCAUCGAGGGUACCUGAUGCUUUAAUUGGCGGCGGUUUCCGGCCUCCUGUACAAAUAAUUAGGUAAUAAAAGUACUUUAUUUUAUAGCAAGUGGUAAAUUGAGAUUUUGAUAGG